CCGCACCGGCUUCAUGUCUGCCUCCACUGUGUUUGACAUUGGCGGUGCCUGGGGGAGCCAACACACGACAAAUCCCACCGGCAACUCAUCAACAACAACAACUAUUCAGAUUUCACGCCGGCUUCCAGCUCUGGAGUUGUGCUGAAAACUGUUGGUGGAGACAACAACAACAACAGCAGCAGCAGCAUCAUACUGGUUUACUCCCAGUUUAGUUUAUUUAUUUAUUUUAAUUUAUUCUGGAUCAUCAUGGAUCGAGUCGAGAUGUUUGCACUGAGAAAAUCAAGAUGUCCUUUUGCGCGGGUCUAAUGCUGUUUCUCCACUGAGCUCCUCCGUAGCCACACACCAGCCAUGAAGUUGGCUUUGCACAGGAUAGCAGGCACCACAAUGAGCACGCUCACAACGGGCGUCCAGUAUCUCGGCUCUAACGACGCCAGCUACGACGACCCCUCCAUCGACUCGACUCUAAUCAAGAGCAGAUUUAACUUUGAGAAGCCUCACUUUGCCUCGGUGAGCAACCCCUUCCCCGGACUGGUCCCCGGAAAUAAGGAGGUCAUCUAUGGCGGACUCUCUCCCAUUUUCCCCACCAACGCUUCAGACUUUCUGCUAAGCAAUGGCACCUCUGUGCAGAGCGAGUGCGGCGAGGACAUGGUGGACAACAUGGAGUGUUUUAUGAUCCUCUCUCCUGGUCAGCAGCUCGUGAUCGCCAUCUUGGCGCUCACCCUGGGAACAUUUACGGUGCUGGAGAACCUCAUGGUGCUGUGUGUGAUUCUGCACUCCCAGAUGCUCCGAUCUCGACCCUCCUACCACUUCAUAGGCAGCCUGGCUGUGGCUGACCUGAUAGGCAGCAUCAUUUUUGUCUACAGCUUCCUGGAUUUCCACGUCCUGCACAGGAAGGACAGCCCCAAUAUUUUCCUCUUCAAGCUGGCCGGGGUCAUCGCCUCCUUCACCGCCUCUGUCGGCAGUCUGUUUCUCACCGCGAUCGACCGCUACAUCUCCAUCCACAGGCCCAUGUCGUACAAACGCAUCGUCACAAAGACUAAAGCAGUCAUCGCCUUCAGCCUGAUGUGGACCAUCUCCAUUGUGUUCUCGCUGCUGCCGUUGCUGGGGUGGAACUGCAAGCGCCUCAACUCCGUCUGCUCAGACAUUUUCCCUCUGAUCGACCAGAAGUACCUGAUGGUUUGGAUCGGGAUGACGAGCAUCUUGGUCCUGUUCAUCAUCUACGCCUACAUGUUCAUCCUCUGGAAGUCCCACAACCACGCUGUCCGCAUGCUGAGCCGCACCUCCCAGAGGAGUGUGAUCGUGUACACCGCCGAGGGGACUAAAGUUCAGACGGUGAGGCCCGAGCAGGCCCGGAUGGACCUCCGUCUGGCCAAAACCCUGGUUCUGAUCCUGGUGGCCCUCAUCAUCUGCUGGGGCCCGCUCCUAGCCAUCAUGGUUUACGACCUCUUUGGCAAGGUGAACGACUUCAUCAAGACUGUGUUCGCCUUCACCAGCAUGCUCACCCUGCUCAACUCCACCGUGAACCCUGUGAUCUACGCCAUGAGGAGCAAGGACCUGCGCAGGGCCUUCGUCAACAUCUGCCAUAUGUGCCGGGGAGCGUCGCAGACUCUGGACAACAGCACUGAGAGUGACUGGAACAGCAGGAGUGUGAGAGGCACAGCGGGCGGGGCGGGGAAAGACGGAGCCGGCUGCGGAAAGACUCGGGUGAAAGUCGCCCAGGUUACUGUUUCUGGAGGGACUGAGACUUCUACAGCAGAGCCGGUCUAAGAGACAAGCGGCACCGCUCUGAUACAACUGUGAAGAUAUUGUAGAGUAUCCCCGACCCUCUUCGUGCACUGCUCUGUUACUGUGAAAUGUGCCAAAAAAAAAAAAAUGGCUUUGAUACAGAGCUGAAAAUCAAGUUUUUGUUGCUUUAAAGCUGAAACGUGUAAUAUUUAUAUGUUACUAUAGUGGAGUGUGACGAUGGAGACGCUCUCUUUGCUCUGUUACUGAGAAAUGAUUUGUCUGGUUGACAAUGCCAAUUUGAUUUCACUUCAGUCAGUGAACAACAGUCACAUUCGCGAGGACCAGUUGGCACAAGGGCCUAUUUUUCACACUCCGCUCCGUCAUCUCUGCCGUCUGAAUGUGUGGGGAGCUGGAGAUUUCGGUUUUAAGGCAGAGAACAUUUCCGUUUGGUUCUUUCUUUUUCUUUUCUCCACAUCAUAGCAAUAUUGUGGUGGUAAUGCAAGGUGAAACUGUGUCUACCUUCAUGAGAAAUGUCAGUUUUGAAUGACAAUGCACUGCUUGUAAGUAAACCUAGCAUCCCAUUAGUGAUUUGAAAUCAACUAUUGAUGCUUCUGUAAGACCAUGAUAUUGUGAAAUUUGACAUUUAAACGUUAUCCUACUUUAUUUAUUGUGUUUAUUUAUUUAUUUUUACUUUGCGAGGCAAAAUGGUGAGUCAUGCUUUGAAACAUGAACAGCUUUCUGAUCAAAUCAAAACUUUAGUCCGUAGUGAGUCGGGAUGUAACAUAGCUGGUUAUUACUCAUGCGCUUAUGGUACAGUGACGGCGUUUUGUGAGAAGCUACACUUGUGAAGCAUCCAUUGUGCCAUUGUGUCUCAUGAUGGUGUGUGUAAGCAAGGACAUGAGUUCAAUAAAUAAAUGAAGUUUGUCUAUUUUUAUCUUAA